AUGAACACAAACCCGAGCUCAACAGGUGUUCCUUGCAUGUCCGGCUACAUUUAUAUAGGCUUCCAGGAGGUGCACCUGGCGCUGCUGGCCGGGUUCGCCCUGCUGGGCACGUUCGCUCGCCGCUACAUGUACAGCUCGCUGGGCCUCAACAUGCUGCUGGCCUCCCUGCUGCUCCAGUGGGCGCUGCUCUGCAACGGCUUCUACAACAUCCUGCCCGAGGCCGGAGGCCGCUUCGUGGUCACCCUUGCAAGUUUGGUGCGUGCAGACUUGACGGUGUGCACCGUGCUGAUAUCGGCGGGCCUGCUGCUGGGAACGCUGACGCCCCUCCAGAUGGUCGUGAUGGGAAUCAUCGAGACGGCCGUCAGCACGGCCACCCAGCGCAUCGGCACCAGAGUCAUCAAGGCGGCGGACGCGGGCGGUUCCCUGUACGUGCACAUGUUCGGCGCCGCCUUCGGAUUGGCCGCCGGCAUCACUGUGCGCCACGGGGACGCCACGGCGCAGCGUCGCUCCGAUACAACAGACUCGUUCGCCAUGCUCGGCACCGUCUUCCUGUGGUGUCUGUGGCCCACCAUGAACGCGGCCACGUCCGUGGGCAUGGCCGAGGUGUCGCGCUGCAUGGUCAACACCUACCUGGCCAUGCUCUCCUCCACCGUCAUCGCCUUCCUCUGCUCGGCCAUCUUCAGCCGGCGCACCAGAUUCUCCUUGGUCCAGGUCCAGAACGCGUCGCUGGCUGGAGGCGUGGCGGUCGGCGCCAGCUGCGACAUGGUGCUCCACCCUGCCGGCGCCAUCGGCGUGGGGCUGGUGUCCGGUUUCGUCUCUUCCAUGAGCUACACCUACCUCCAGUUGACGUUUUUGCUGCCAUGUUCCACACACACACACACACAGCCGUGGCUGAACCAGCGCCUGAAGCUGAGGGACGCCCGCGGCGUGAUCAGCGCCCACGGCCUGCCCGGCCUGUUGGGGGGCCUCAUCUCGCUGGUGCCCACCUGGACGGCCACCGAGGCCCAGUACGGCGGCUCCCUCUACCGCAUCUUCGAGGGCCGCCUGCAGCAGAGACACCCCGAUGACCAGGAACUGACAGGAUUUGGCUUCAACCGCAGCGCCACUCAGCAGGCGGGCUGCCAACUACUCGGAGUGGUCGUCACACUCGUCCUUGCGCUCGUUGGUGGUGCCAUGACAGGUCUGGUGCUGAGAGUGCCUAAAUUCAGCCCAAUGUACCGCGAGCAGUGGUACAACGACGCCUGGUACUGGGACCUGCCCGAGGACGACGAAGAGCAGCCAGUGGACGCACCGGGCCCCAAGGAGCAGCCACUCACCGAGCCCACAGCAGUGAGCGGCGGCGGCAUCGUGGGAGACACCCUGGCGCUGGUGCCCUCACCCGAGGCCGCCGCCGACCUGGGGGUCUGCGACACUGUCUAG